UAUUUCAAUAAAUUAUUAUAUCGCAAUUAUAUUUGCUUGGGUUUGGUCUAAUUUCAUAGUUGUAAAUAAUUUGCAAUCAGGGAACAUUGAGAAACACUGUUAUGAUAUAUCGAAUAAUCAUAUCGAAGAUCGAAUGGAUAUCGCACGUAUAUAAGUUCUACAUUCACGUUAGUGCAAUUGACAAUUAAACUACGGCAAGUAUAGGCAGAUAUAGGCGUCGCAAUUCUUAUUUAAUAGAAGUGCAACAGUACUUUAUGUCCUAAGUUACAUUUAUAAAAUAACCAGAGACAAAUUAUCACAAAAGAAUUAUAUUUAACGGACCGAACAAUGGUGGACUACAGCAAGUGGAAAGAUAUUGAGAUCUCGGAUGAUGAGGAUGAAACUCACCCAAAUAUCGAUACACCAUCUCUAUUCAGAUGGCGUCAUCAAGCAAGAAUUGAAAGAAUGGAAGAACAAAAACGAGAACACGAGGAGCACGAAAGAAAAAAAACACAGAUGCUUCAAAAAUUGAAAGAAACAAAGGAACAACUUUCAAAAUUAGAAAAUGAACAAAAGGAUUCUGCUGAUUUAACCGCACUAAAGAAGGUUUUACAAGAUCUUGAAGAGGAAGAAAAGAAGAUUCGGCAGAAAGAGGAAGAAUUUAAGAAAAAGGAAAAGCUGACACCUUGGAAUGUGGAUACUAUUAGUCAAGAUGGCUUUACAAAAACUGUAAUUAAUACAAGGCCAGGUCGUAGAGAAGAUGAUUCUGGUUUGUCAGAUGAAGAGAAAGAAAAGAGAACGAAACAAUUUGUUGAAGAACAUAAAAAAAAGAUAAAAGAAUUUGGUAUGUUAAAGAGAUACGACGACAGUAAGAAAUUUUUGUCAGAAAAUCCUCAUUUAGUGUGUGAAAAUACUUUAAACUACUUAGUGGUCUGGUGUAUUAACUUGGAAAUUGAGGGAAAACAUGAUUUGGUAGAACAUGUUGCCCAUCAGUGCAUAUGUAUGCAAUACAUAUUCGAGUUAUCAAAGCAACUGGAUGUCGAUCCAAGAGCAUGCGUGGGCUCAUUUUUCAGUCGCAUUCAAAUUGCGGAAGUAGAAUAUAAAAAUUCGUUUGAUGAUGAAAUUAGAGCAUUUAAAGAUAGAAUACGUAAAAGAGCUGUAGAGAAAGUUGCAGAAGCCCUUAAAGAGGUAGAAGAAGAAGAAAGGAAAGCGCGUCUUGGACCAGGUGGUCUUGAUCCACUUGAAGUAUUUGAAAGUCUACCAGAGCCUCUACAAAAAUGUUUUGAAACACGAGAUAUUCCGUUACUGCAUCAAACAAUGGCGGAAAUGCCAAAGGAAGAAGUAGCUUAUCAUAUAAAGCGAUGUGUUGAUAGCGGCCUUUGGUUACCUGAUGCAAAAGCUAAGGAAAAAUUGGAUGGAGAAGAAGAAGAAGAGUCAUUAGAUGAAACAAAAGAAACACCAGAUCCAGAAUAACAUGAAUCCAUAUAAAUUCUGUGUGUUGAGAUUCAUGAGUUCAUUUAUGCAAGUAUCCUUUAAUAUCAUGAAUAUGUUAAAAUAAAAUAUUGUCACUGGGCAGUGAAUAUAAAAUUCUCAUCUUCGUUAGUUUUUUCUUAUUCUAAUAUUAUAUUACUGUGUUACACUUUACCUUAUUUUAAGAUUGAAUUACUAUAUAAUUCCGAUUUAUCAUAGGAAAUGUGAAUAUAAGAAAUUGUUAAUUAAACGAACCAGUUAUACAGUGAAAUCCUAAACAUUUUAUAUCGAUAUAUUACACCGAUUGUUUCACAUUUUUGUCCUAUAUAAGCAUUUGCAGGAAUCGAUAUUUGUAUAUAUUUGCUAAGUAUUACAUUUUAAAAAAAACAUGUAUGUGUAUAUAAAUUUCAUCUGCUAUGUAUGCAUUACGUGAACACCAUAUUUUCUUCUCAUUAUUACCUCUCAUGUACAUUAAACAAUGCAGACAUUAAAAUUAUUAUGUAAAUAAAGAAACUUGGAAAAAAUA